AUUUUUAUUAUUGGGAGUUGUUCGAUUUUUAGCUUCUAUAUACAUGUACAUAAAAGAAAUCCCGCCAUUUUCACCAUAAAAACAAAAACAUUAACAUAUGUUUGUGUGAAUGGUCUUUAGGAAGAUUUAAACACUUUAUUUAAAUCAUAUAAAGAUUAUUAUCUGGACGUAUAAGUCGCAGUUUUCACGGGCUUGCUGUGUUUUAACUCAACAUUCAAAAAAAAAAAAAAAAAAAGAAUAAGUGAAAUGUCGGAUGGUGCUGAAGAGCUAUUGCAAAUAAGGCGAUUUUUAAAAGAGCGCCUUCAACGUGACUACACUACAUUUCGUGGCCAUGACACGGAAAGGGAAAAUAUUAGACAAUUAUUGCAGCGUACUGCAGAGAUGGCAGAAUCAAAUUCCUUGCUGUUAAUUGGUCCCAGAGGUGUGGGAAAAACGACCCUUAUCAAUGCUGUGCUUACUGAUCUGUUAAACAAUCCCGACUUUAUACAAAACACUUUAGUUGUUCAUUUGAAUGGUUACUUGCACACUGACGAUAAGUUGGCUUUAAAAUCAAUAACAAUACAGAUGCAAUUGGAGAAUGCCUGCGAUGGUAAAGUAUUUGGCUCGUUCGCGGAAAACUUGGCUUUCCUUUUAGAAUGCCUUAAGGCGGGCGACAAGCGUUCGAAGAGCGUGGUAGUCAUAUUAGAAGAAUUUGAUUUAUUUUGUGCCCAUCACAAUCAAACCUUACUCUAUAAUUUAUUUGAUGUGUCUCAAUCGGCUCAAGCACCAAUAUGCAUUUUAGGUUUAACAUGCCGUCUAGAUGUCAUCGAAUUAUUGGAAAAAAGAGUAAAAUCACGAUUUUCUCAUCGUCAAAUUUUCCUUUUCCCCAAUGCUGAUGACUUCUCGGAGUUUGUGAAAUUAUUUGAAACUUUGUUGAAAAUUCCAAAUGAGAGAGAAUUGAAGAAACAUGCUGAACGAGUGGCUUCUUUAAAACUAUUGCAAUCCAAUCAGUUAACAUUUCAUCGGAAUCAUUAUGAUCCUGGAAAGUAUAAAUUUAACAAGCGCAUCACUGACCGUUGGAAUAAACACAUUGAUGCUUUGCUGCAGCAGAACAAUGUUAGGCAAGCUUUGCAAAGUUUAUUUGACUAUGAUGUUAGCGAAGCUGGUUUGAAAAUUUUCAUCUACCGUUUGGUUGCACAACUGCAAAACCAUCCUGGAAGAACACAAGUUACAUCGGAACAAAUAACGCAACUGAUUUCUAGUUAUAAUAACGACACUAAAGUAGAGAUUUUAUGCGGCCUUUCUAUAUUGGAGAUGUGCCUAAUUAUUUCCAUGAAACAUCAUUCAGAGAUAUAUGAUCGAGAUCCUUUCAAUUUUGAAAUUAUUUAUGCACGAUUUAAUAAAUUUGCUAAGGUUUCCACGGGCAUGCAAAAUAUUGAGAGAGGAGUAGUACUUAAGGCGUUCGAGCAUUUACGCAAUUUGGAAUUGAUAUUGCCUAUAGCGAGUUGCGCCAGUAAAGUCCAAAAAGAGUUUGAAAUGCAUAAACUAGCUUUGACGUAUGGACAAAUCCAUCAAGCCGUUCAACGCUACCAGGUUCUGCCCACAGAAGUGACACAAUGGAGCCAAAGUUCGCUAAUAUAAAAUUCAAAUAAAAUAAGUUAUGAAUUUAUUUAUAAA